AAGAUUAGUUUAUAAAGAAAUAUAUUGAUAGAAUUAAUGGAGGAUCUGCGUCAGACGGCUUUGGCUUACUACACGGCCGCGACUGACGACAUAAAACAUGUCGUAGAUGAGUUUUUCCGUGAGAUGGACCCGAAGGGCAAUGAGUACGUGAAGUUCAAGGAGUUCUCGGCGUAUAUGGAGACGAUGGGGUGCCCUAACAUGAGCUCGGAAGAGUUCUACGACGAGCUUAAGCAGUGCGGAAACGACGAGCUUUAUCAAGACGACAUCAUAACUUUGUUUUACAUAAUCCAAAGUAACAGACCCUUCUGUGGAGGCAAGUGUAAGAAAUUUGUGAAAGGGAUGUACUUCACUUGUUUGAGAUGCUUUGACUUUGACCACUGUGACUAUGAGAUCAACCAAAGUAGUACCAGUACUACUGCUGCUUUCAGUGUUUGCUCUCAGUGUUACGCAGAGGGCCAUUUUGAGCAUCGUCACCAGGAGUUUCUGGAUCCCAUUGUUUUGCUUAACUUGAAGAGAAUGAAAGCUUUGAGCAACAAGCAGAGUACUACUUCGACGGAUGCUGAGGCAGCAAGCGGUUCAACUGUUUCGUCUGAUAAUAAAACCGUUGGGGGAUCUAGAACAAGAUCCAAAAAACCCAAAUAUGAGCGUUCUCCAUCAGAAGUUGAAACGCAUUUCAUGAAACCAUGUCCGACAUCAUCUGAGUCUUCUUCCAAUGAUUCUUCUCACUCCCAUGACGACAAACAAGAGACGACAAGCAAUUACUCUUUAUCUAAAGCAAUUGUACCAGCUGUCAAUCAACAAUCUAAACAAGCUAAGAUGCAGACAGCAAUACAAUUUGGGCAGCUAGUGGCAAGCAUAGGGAGUGCACUGCUCGCAUCCCAGCUUUGUACCAUAAUGUGAUUCUACAUCCGAUAAUGUUUACUUAUCAACUUUUCAAGCAUAAACUCUCGUGACACUAAAAGAGACUUUUAUAUGCUCAAGAUUUGAUAUUCUUCUUGCGGCAGUUUCUUUGAUUUUUCUUCAAUUGUUUUUGGUUUAAAACAAUAGUUCAACCUAUUAAAUUAUCUCUGUAUUAGUCAUUUUGAUAUGAAAAUUCUUUUGUCUAAUUUCCAAGAGUAUCUUUGCAUACUAUUUGGCUAGACAAUGAGUUUUGUUGGCUAGAGGAAAUUCCUCCCCCAAUUUGUACUCCAUAUAUUAUGCAUUCUGAAUAAAAUAAAUUUAUUC